AUGUCCAACGCGCUGGAUCAGUUCAUAAUGGAAGAUGUGGCCAGAAACUGCCCUCAGCAGUUCAUGGAAUACCAUAAAUGUGUGUCGAAAAACCGGGAAGACCCUACAUUGUGUGCCUACAGACAGAGAGACUUAUCCAUGUGUAUAAGGCAGAAAGUGCCAAGUGUACAGAAAGUGAUGAGCCAUUGUGGGUCGCUGAUGGCUCAAUAUGAGACGUGUUUGCGAGAAAACAUGGAUUCCAGAACGAUUAAUGAAAAUUGCAUCCCAUUAUUAAAUAAAAUGCGUCAGUGUGCAGAAGCGCAGAUACAAGACACCCCUAGCCCGAUCAACGAGCUUUGA